AUGCAAGUUGAUUGGGCAAAUAUCAAUCUGCAAAAGUCGACUACUCUAUCCACGAAUGAAGUGGAUUCUCUGCUCAAUUGUUACUCUGCCACCAAGAAUCCUUCUCCAUUUGAAACCAUUUCGCAAGGGAAUUCAAGUACAUUUUGGGUUGUGGGUUUUUUGAAGCGAAUAGUUACUCUCAUCGUCGUCAUUAUUAUAGAUUUUAACAUAAAUUCUCCCAUCGUUUGCGUUGUGUCUACCCUAACCAGGUUUCAGAGAAAGGGGAGACUCGGGGAACAAAAUGAAGUCAAUGACGUCUCAUAGGAAGGUUCAACUGACUCUCCGGGUAAACCAUCAACCGACAUGGAAAAAAGAAGAAUCCAUUACAUUUGACAAUAACCAAUUGGGUAUGUGACAUGAAAUGUGAAGGGGGUGAAAUUUCUGAAUUCAAAUUUGUAAGUGAACAAAUGGACACGAGCAUGAUUUGAGAAGGUGGUGACAGCCAUGUCUUGAAGUUGCCAAAAUCUACUAGUUUUAAGACGGAUGGUGUACAAAAGACUCCAAUUCAGAACAUUUUUAGCCUACAACAAUAAAUUCCCUUCUAGCUAUAAUCAUAAGGCCAAUCCCUCAAGUAAAAUCUUUUGUUUUUGGGCAUGAUGCUCCUGUUGGUUGGUUUUAUAACAAAUAACUUAAGAGAUAUUGGGUUUGGUUUGUACAGUUGUAUGUAGAUGCACAUUUUCUUUUCCUUAUCGUACUAUAAACAAUAUAGUUAAGCCAGGGAAACAAAUUUAGAUCAGAUUCAGUUUGAUGUAUGAAACAGAAAUGAG